ACAUUCUUCAACCACAGCACACCACAUAAAAGGGAAAAAAAAUGAAAAUGGAUACACACGAAUUCUCUAUAUAAAGACACUCACUCUGUUCUCCUGUGUAUAAAACAAAAUUAGAAAGAGAAAAAAAAAAGAUUUCUGCAGAAUUUCUUGAAGAUCGCACAUCAAUGGCGGAAGCAAAAUCAGCAACCCACGUAGCGAUCAUGCCGAGUCCCGGCAUGGGUCACCUCAUCCCCGCCGUCGAACUCGCGAAGCGGCUCGUCCACCGCCACGGCUUAACCGUCACAUUUUUCAUCGCCGGCGAAGGUCCACCGUCGAAGGCCCAGAGAGCUAUCCUAGAGUCGCUUCCUCCGCCGAUCGCCUCCGCCUUCCUCCCUCCCGUCGAUCUCACCGACCUCCCGCCGACGGCGCGAAUCGAGACGCGGAUCUCGCUCACCGUAACUCGCUCCGAUCCGGAGCUCCGCCGCAUGUUCGGCAUCUUCGCGGCGGAGGAACGCCUCCCGGCGGCUCUCAUCGUCGAUCUGUUCGGUACAGACGCCUUCGACGCCGCGGUGGAUUUCCACGUGGCGCCGUACGUGUUCUUCCCGUCAACCGCCAACGUCUUGUCGUUUUUUCUGCACUUGCCGAAACUAGAUAAAACGAUGCCGGGCGAGUACCGGGAUUUAACCGAACCGGUUAGUCUCCCCGGUUGUGUACCGGUUCAGGGUAAGGAUCUCCUCGACCCGACGCAAGACCGGAAGGACGACGCGUAUAAAUGGCUUCUUCACAACACCAAUAGAUACAAAGAAGCGGAAGGGAUUUUGGUCAAUACUUUCGUUGAGCUAGAGCCAAACGCCAUCAAGGCCUUGCAAGAACCCAGUCCCGAUAGACCGAUGGUUUACCCGGUCGGACCGUUGGUUAACAUGGGAUCGUCAAGCACGAACCGGACUGACGAGUCCGAAUGUCUAAAGUGGUUGGAUAACCAACCGCUCGGUUCGGUUCUGUACGUGUCAUUCGGCAGCGGAGGAACACUCACGUUCGACCAGUUCAAUGAACUGGCUCAUGGCCUGGAGAAGAGUGACCAACGGUUCCUGUGGGUCAUACGGAGUCCGAGCGGGACAGCAAACUCGUCCUACUUCGAUUCACACAGCCAGAACGACCCGUUAACCUAUCUCCCGACCGGAUUCUUGGACCGGACCAAAGACAGGGGGCUAAUGGUCCCAUCAUGGGCCCCACAAGCCCAGAUACUGGCCCACCCAUCGGCGGGCGGGUUCCUGACCCACUGCGGGUGGAACUCGACGCUGGAAAGCGUGGUGAAUGGCGUGCCGCUCAUAGCGUGGCCGUUGUACGCGGAGCAGAAGAUGAACGCCGUGCUACUGACGGAGGAUAUCCACGUGGCGUUGAGGCCGAGGGAAGGGACGGUGGUGGGGAGAGACGAGAUAGGGAGAGUGGUGAAGGGAUUGAUGGAAGGGGAAGAAGGGNAAGAGGUGAGGAACAAGAUGAAGGAGCUAAAGGAGGCUGCUUGCAAGGUCUUAAGGGACGAUGGGUCCUCCACAAGGGCACUUGAUCAAGUUUCCUCCAAGUGGAAGGCCCACCAGUUGGAGCUUGACGGUACCCAUUAACUUUUUUUUUUUUUUUUUGCAUUUUUAAUAUUUUCUUUUUUGUAUCAUGUAUAAUUAAAUUACUUGUGUAACUAUGUAUGUUUGUGUUGUAUUGUUUUGAUACCAGUGAUCAAUUUUCGUUAAUAA